GGUCUCCUAAUCCAACCCCCUGCCCAUGCAGGAAACCCUACACCAGUAUAUCAUAUCUCCUAUAUCUCAUAUCUCAUAAUAAGAAAAAUUAAAAAACCAAGCUCGGUAGCAGACUUAGCCAAUCAAAGAACAAAGUUGAUCAGCCUUAAUCUUGGUUAGGUUCUUUUGAGAUCUAGCACGUUGAGGGACACCAUCACACUGGGUCAUUCCAUAGUGACCCCUAGUUUUGCUCCCCAUAAUGUCGCUAAUGUUUUUUGUGGUUUUUUGAGAAACUUUAUUGAGAUUUUUUACAAAAAAGAAAAAAAAACAUAAGUGUACUGACAUUUACAGUUAGUAUCAGAUGUGCAGUGUUUUAACUAUAUACAUAAAUAAUACUUGGUGAUAUUUCAAAUCACUUUUUACCGUUAUUUAACACACCUUUAGGUCUUUCUUUCAUUUUAUCAUGCAUCCACUUGUACCACCUUUCCCACACAAUAUAAUAAACUGACUUCUCAUCAUCGUUUAAUUCAUGAGUUAAUUUAGUCAUCUCUGCGCACUCCAAUAUUUUCCUAAUUGUGAGCUCUUCUGGUGGUUGGGUUUUCUCUUUCCAGUACUGUGCGUAUGCCAAUCUGGCGGCUGUAAUUAUGUGGAUCAUUAAAUGUAUCUUUUCCUUUCCAUAUGGCUUCUUUACUAUUCCCAGGAGAAAUAUCUCUGGUGUUAAUUCAAUAUCUUCGCCAAUUAUUUCAUAUAACCAUCUCCUGAUCUUGUUCCAAUAUCCUUUCGCUUCCGGGCAUGUCCACCACAUGUGAAAGAAGGUGCCUUGACCGUGGCCACAUUUCCAACAAUUAGGAUGUAUAUUAGGGUAUAUCUUUGCUAGUCUGGCCGGGGCUAAAUACCAUCUAUGUAGCAUUUUAUAAUGGUUUUCCUUGUAUGUCGCCGCUGUAGUCAAUUUAAGAUUCCUAUUCCAUGCCUCCUCCCAUUCCCCAAAAUUUAUAUCACGCCCUAUAUUUUUCUCCCAUGCAUUUAUUUGAUUCUUUGUGAUAUCUUCGGACUUGUCAUCACCUAAUAAAUAGUUGUAUAGUUUGGCCAGAAUCUUUUUAUUUGUUCCCAUCAGGACUUUAUCCAAUCCAUUUGAUCCAAGUUCUAAACCGUAUUGUUCUUUGUCUUUGUGAUAUCUAGAUUUUAUUUGUGAAUAGGUCCACCAAUCUAAAGUUAUUCCUUGCUCUCGUAAAGUAUCAUUUGAUUUAAGAUUCCCUCCUUCGUCUAAGAUAUCUUUGUAUCUGCCCAUUUUCUCCAUCCCCCAUCUAUUGGGGUGGAUCAGGGCCUCCAUCGUUGAGAGCCAACUUGGAAUUUUUUUGUAAUAUCUUUGCCUAAUCGGGGUCCAUGUUUGUAUCAAUGAGUCUCUAAUUUUAUGUCUAUGGAAAUAUGUCUUCCUUUUCUUCUCUACAUCCCAAAUGUGGGCAUGCCACCCUUUUUGCAAAUCGUGGCCUUCUAGGGUAAGAAUCCUCUCAUUUUCCAGGGUGAUCCAAUCUCUUAUCCAGACUAGCUUAGCUGCCCUGUAAUAUAUUUCCCAAUCGGGGAGUCCAAAUCCACCUAUAUCUCUUUUGCCCCUUAAAAUUUUAAUAGAAAACCUCGGUUUUUUCCCCUCCCAUAUAAAUUCUCUGAUGAUUUUGUCUAAUUCUAAAAAAAACUUUUUCUCUAAAUUUACCGGUAUGUUUUGGAAUAAAAAUAGUAUUCUGGGGAGAAUAUUCAUCUUAAUUGUGGCUAUCUUGCCCAAAAGUGAUCAUCUUAUUUUCUUCCAUCUGUCAAGGUCUUGUUUCAUCUUCCUAAUUAGGGGAGUAUAAUUGUCGUCUUUUAAGGUCGAACAUCUUGAUGUAAUCCAAAUUCCUAGGUAUUUAAUUUUUUUGGCAACCUGUAGUCCUAAUACUUGUUUUUCUGGCUCUCAGUUGUAUUCUUAAUCAAUACUUUGGUUUUGGUUUUGUUCAAUGUGAAGCCUGCCACCUCUCCAUAUUUACUUAAUUCCUCUAGCACUUUUGGUCCUGAUUCUAUGGGGUCUUCAAGGAUUAAGGCUACAUCGUCUGCAAAUGCUUGCGUCUUGUAAAUUUCCUUCCUGAUCUUCAGUCCUUUUAUUUCCUCAUUAAUUCUAAUUUUCCGUAAAAGAACUUCUAAGGCCAAAAUAAACAAUAAUGGGGAUAGGGGGCAACCUUGCCUUACUCCCUUACUAAUUUGGAAUGUUUUAGUCCUAUGCUCAGUGGCAGACUUAGCCAAUCAAAGAACAAAGUUGAUCAGCCUUAAUCUUGGUUAGGUUCUUUUGAGAUCUAGCACAUUGAGGGACACCAUCACAGUGGGUCAUUCCAUAGUGACCCCUAGCUUUGCUCCCCAUAAUGUCGCUAAUGUUAUCAAGGGGGUUAUCCAGGGGACCCUCCAUAUCCCAUCCCUAUUAUCUUGGGGAGUAAGAGGCCCCUUGGGUCAUGACACCAGCUGUCCCCCAUGAGAACAUAAUGCGGUGAUGUCACAGCCCCUGGGGCAGAGAUAUAAAGGCAGAAGGGAUGAGAGGGGAGCUGUGGAGAGUUGAGGAGAGUAGAGGAUAGUUGAGUUCAGUUGAGUUGUGUUGAGCAGAGUAGAGCAGAGCAGAGCGGAGGGGAGUGUUCUACUUUGUCAAAUACCUCGCUGAAGCCUUUCAACUUUUAUUUCUAGUCUGUCUUUCACAGUUACGUUGUUGGAUCUCCAUCCAGUUCAAGAACUCCCUCUUCACGAGAGGAUGGACCACAUGCUAAAAAAGUUGCCCUUCUUGAAGAAGGAGGACAGCAAGGAGUCCCAUCCACAAAUUACGAAUAAUGACCCAUGGCAGUGGAACAGUCACUUCUCUGGCUCCCACCCGUCCACUUCUUCGGCCACUCAAAGAACCACGCAGGUCUUGCCCCUUCUUGUAAAGGGUUCCCCAGCUCCAGUGGACAUGAGCAAGAAGGUGCAGCCUCCAGCACUGGUGCUGCCAGAAUUGGUGCGCAGGACCCCUCUGAGGGCUUCUCAGGGGGAAAUGAAGCCUGGCCUCAAAGAGCCCCCUCCCUUGCCAAGGAGGCCCGAGAGGGAAAGGGCUCCGGGGAGAAAAAGCUCUCAAGACACCAUCCUUCCCUCAUAUCCAGAACUCUCUGACGAGUCUUUCAAAAAUUUAUGGGAGAGCAGGAAGCCAUUAAAAGGCAGACCCGUCAAAGAAAUCUUGGAUCUCAUGGACGAGAGAGAAAUAUUAGAGACCAUCUUGGACCAUCUUCGUCCUUUCCAGAUUCCUUCAGACCACAAACUGCCCAGGAGGAAAACAAGCGCAUUGCCGCCCAUCGACCAGAAGCAAAGCACGUCCCAGGUCUUGUCUAAAGACAAGAUUAGCCUCUACAAAUAUUAUGGCGUUAAACUGCGAAACUCAACACAGAAGGACCUGGUGACGGAACAGCUCCAAAGCCUUCUAAGUUUUUCACUCCAGGAAGAAACAGACCGAGAGGGAAUCUCGGAAUCCAUUCGAAUGGCAUCCUUUUGCCACCUGCCUGAGAUUCUGGUGGCCCUGGAGGAGGCUGGCCAGUUCAGGCAGACAAAAGGACCGUUUGCAGUAGAAGCCCCCAUUGAGGACUCACAGACUCUCUCCGAGAGAUGGAUUCGGACCACAUUAAUACUCUGCUAUGGCCAGGCAGUCCUGGGAGCGCAAGUAGAGGACAUGAUGCCUUUCCUGGACAACAUUGUCUCAGAAAUACUCUAUCAGUAUUCCAGCAUGAAAAAGGACGAAGGGCUGAAGAAAGCCUUCAUGAGGUCCAUCAUCAUGAUCACCAAAGCUGUUGCCAACAGCAGGAGGCAAGACCUCGAUUUGCCCCAGAAACAGGAACUGGUCACAAACAUCGUUGAAGUCAUUGAAGAUGAGCCCGCGAGACCCUUGUCCAUCGAAAAUCUCCAUCAAGCGAUCAUCACCAUCACCUGCAUGAGCCGUAUGAAGCCCCCCUUGAACUCCGAGAUGAGGUCUAAAGUGGUGAGAAAAAGCAUCCAGAAGGUGUUUUCCUUGCCGGCUUACCUGGUGACAAAACUGAACGUGAACGGCCCAGGACAACCAGCUCAAACUCAGGAUUUUUAUGACCAGAUGGUGACCACCUGCAACACCAUGCUCACCGCCUUGCUGUCCGAGGCUCCCAAUUUGGAUUCCCUGCAGGAUGUCUUGACGCACAUUAAUCCCUGGAUUGAAUCUCCCAAGAGACACGAGAGAGAGAGGGCCAUCAAGAGCAUCAGACACCUCCUGAAGUUCGUUUCUGAAAACGUCAAUUUCGACCCCACAGGUGACUUUUCUUUGCUGGGACAGCUGGUGGCUUUGCUGGGCCUGCACGUUGGCGACACCAGCAAAGAAGUUGGCCAGACGUCCGCAGAGGCCGCCUACCACCUCCACCACCUCAUCAUGAGCAAAAUGGCCAAAGAAAUGGAUGAGAAACCUAGAAACAAGAAGGGGAAGGUCGUCACUUGGCUGAGGGAAGACUUCUCCUUUUCGGGCCCAACAAUAUUUUAUAAUAACGUCUCCAAAAUGGCUACGGCCUUUGGCGAGCAUCUGAGCCCGUCUCAAAUAAACGACCUGAUCUUAAAAGCCCUGGCAGCUCUGACACACCUGGACAAAAACAUUUCACACACUGCGGGACUCCUGCUCAAUUCGUUCUUGGAAGAAUGUGGGAUGGACAUGGAGGAGCUGCCCAUGAUCCUCAAGGAGAUCUACCGACGUCUCCCGAAGAUCUUGGACCCUGCCACCAAACAACAAACGCUAAAGGCAGUGUGUCACCUGGCGUCCAAACGGGUGAACAAAGUCGUGGAUAUUCUCCUCGAGUGCUCGGUGGCGUGCGAUGGAAGUGCCAGGGAACUGUGGAGGGCGCUGGCUGCAGACCCCUAUGCUAACCUGAAGAUCAUGAAGCCCCUCCUCAAAAGGCUUGAUGACCACGAUCCCAGCACCGAAGCUAUUGGGAGGGGAACAAGCAAAUCCAUCAUGCCCAUUGCGGCCACCAAUGCGCUCUCCUUCCUCCUCUCGCUUCCUGAGGCAGCAACCAUUGUCCAGCAUAAGUUCUCCAGCCUGCUCCUGGCGCUCGUGACGCACAUCUAUUUUCUGCUGGGAGCAGGCAAGAGCGGGUCAGAACAGACCUACCAUCUGGGCAACGCAGUCAAAGCCGUCAAACACCUCAUCUUGCGCACCGGCUAUCAGGAGGAGUUCAAGGACUUAGAUAUGGUUCAAUGUUGGGCGAUGCUGAUGAGUCCUGAAAGUGUGUUUGAAGGCAUUUUCCACCUGGUCCGGAUCUUGUUCAACUACUCGAAACAUGAGCUGAAGGUCAUGCUCCGACAGGCUGAGACCUACGUGCGCCACCCCGAUUUAAGACACAAAACCAUUGGGAUGGUUUUCUUUUCGGAGCUGCUGUUUCACCCAGAAAUUUGCCAAUUCUUUGUCAUCCAAGACAUCCUCCAGGUGCUGAAGGAAUGGAUGACCCAGCCAUAUCCGCUGAUACAGACUUUCAGCGUUAGAGGACUGGGGAACCUCAUCCAACACCCGUUUGAGAAGAACAUCUUGGAACCCCUCUUGAUGCCAGUGCUAAACUGCGCUUGUCACGAACAGAAGACGGUGGCAAAAGAAGCUAUAAGGACCCUGCAUUUCCUCCUCAGGAACCUCGAUAUCAAAACCCAUGCGGUGAAGGCAGUCAACCUCAUUCCGCUCCUUCUGAAACAUUUUCAUGAUGACGACAUCGAACUGAGGAAUACCUCCAUCACCAUUUUUGGCAUGCUCCUGAAAGGACUGAAGGAGUUACGGAACAGUAAUAUGGCCGAAAACAUCCUGAACAGCCUUAUUCCCCUCCUCAUACAACUGUCAAAUGAUCGGACAAAAGAGGUCUCCAGGAAGACCCUCGACUCCUGCGUGUCCUUUAUGAACUGGGGGGGCUUUCCCAGCAACUUGUUUGACUAUGAAAUGUACACCAGUCUUCAUAGCAUGUACUCCAACAUCUGCUACGUGGUUAUGAAUAAAUGCAAGCAAAACCUUCCUGCGAUGUUGGAUCAGAUGCUGGGAUUCCUGAGGAGCCGGAACUCUUCCCAUCGCGAGGCAGCUGCCCUCUUAAUUGGCUGCUGCGCGCAAUACAUGCAACCGGAAGUGAUGACUUCAAAACAAAUGAAAGAAGUUUUCCUGGGUCUCCAGGAUCUGCAAGGCGAUUCCGAAGCCUCAGUGGCUCAGGCUGCAGCUGACUCAAUGCAAGAAAUCUUUCGGCAGUGUGGCCAUCUGAUCAAGCCGGGUCUUGUUAGUAGUCAACUCCUCUCCAAAGGCAUCAGGAGGAUCUCCGAGACCAAGCAAUAAUAGUUUCAUAGUUUCAUAGUUUCCAUUAUUGUCAUGGCACCUCAUAGAAUGAAAUUAAGUGCCAUCCUCACUGUAUAUUAUACUUUUUAAAAACCCUAUAAAAAUAAAACAAAAACACACCUCCUUCA